GAGGGAGAGAGGGAUGGAGUGAGGGAGGGAAGGAAAGGUAUAUAAGGAGUGGUCUAUGCUUAGAGGAUACACAGCAGCUUCCUUCACUCCUUCGAUUCUUCCCUCUCAACACCUCCCUCGUCAGCAGAUACUUGUGUGUGUGUUUGUGUAUUUGAGUGUGAGUGUGUGUGGGCGUGGAGGGACUUACGCACGUGGACAAGCAUACUCACUGCCAUAAUGGACGAAAACGCCAUGCCCUUCUGCGCUGCCGGCAAAUACGCCUUUCCGCCCCUCUCCCACGCCACCAUGCAUGCUCACAAGCAGGCCGACGCUAUCACCACCUACGCCUUCUUUUCCCAGGGCUACGUGUUGCCCCUCCUUGGCCACACCUCCUCCGCCGUCAUUCCUCUGCUGGUGUUUGCCGUGGCUAUCUUAUGGAUGGCGCUAAUCAUUCGUCGCGCCCCAAAAAAGCAGCAGCAAGAGCAGGAGGAGGGGGCGUGGGUGCGGCCGUUGAGGAAUGUCCCCGAAAUGGUGAGCGCCGUGGGUCUGCUGUUUGGCACGUUUAACAUCACCAACGUGCUGUGGCUCACCUCACCCCACCCCAUCACCCACCACCACGUCCGCCUCGCCCUCACCCAGGUGGCGCAGAAGGUGGAGUUGAUGCAGCUGGCCGUGGUGUGGCGCCGCUUGUGGCCGUGGUUCCGCCGCAUGCCACACCUGGAAGUGGAUCUCGAAGUGGAAGACGAAGACCCGCUGGAGGUGUGCAGCAGGGAACUGCACGCCCCCUACAACUGGUCCAAGGGACCGCUGUGGCGCGCUCGCCUUGUGCCCCUGACGUCCAGUGGUCCCGGGCAGCACCGCGCCGCGCUGGUGUUCUCUGUGCACCAUGUCAUCUCGGAUGGCACCACCAACCUACUCAUCGAGAAGGACCUGCUUCAGGCCCUCAACGCCGCCGCUAUGGGUUGUAGCCCCAACCUGCCCUCCCGUUACCUUGCGCCUGCGCUCGGUAGCCGCUCCGCUGCUGCCUCUCGCUAUUGGCUACCAUCACUGGGUUUCGUACUCGCUGCCAUCCGAGCUGCUUUCACCACAGCCUUCAGCGCACGCUCGGCUCUGAAGCAUCUGCCACAGCCAGGCGCCGUGAGGCCCCUCACCAAGAUUCUGAUGCACGAAUUUUCCGCCGAGGAAACGCGGCAACUGCUGGCACACUUCCGCGCCGCAGGACUCAGGGUGCACUCCUGCGUUACGGCUGUGGCUGGCCUGGCGUUGCACCGCACCGCGCAGCAGUUCGCCAGUCUCCGCCUAGGUCCCAUGCAGGUCAUCCAGGAGCAGGCUGUCAACAUGCGGCGCUACCACCCACAGCACAGCGAGGGCCUGGGCUCCAUGGCCUUCCUAACCACGCAGCAGCACAGCGUGAGUGACGGCAGCGACACCUUCUGGCCUCUGGCACACGAAAUUCAGGACAAGCUGGACCGCAGCCUGGAAGUGACCUGUGCGCCGCUGCGCACUGGCUCAAUGGGCUGGCUAUGCUCCGCCAUCAUCCCCAUGAACCUCGUCCUGGCCAGGCUGGGCUGCACCAGCUUUUCCUACAGCCACAUCUGCACCUCCAAUAUGGGCGACCUGCGGCGUAUUUUUGGGGAGAACGCUGGCGGCGGCGACGGGCGCCCAGUGCAGCUGAGCGGUUUGUUGCGCACCGCGGCGUGCGAGCUUGUGGGCAACCUGUGCUCCAUCAACUUUCAGACGCUGGAGGGCCGCCUCACGCUGUCCCUCGACUAUUACACCAACAAGAUGACUGACGAGGCGGGUCAGACCUACUUCACGCAGCUCAUCCAUGUCCUCACCGAGCUGGCGGUAAGAGGCGUGCCACCGCCCUCCACCACGCAUCGGCCAGGCGACGCCAACGACUGAGCGACGCCCACACGCCACUGGGUAAACCUUUGCUGGCGGCACUGCCUGCUGCCUAGCCCCGAUCGCCCGCGCUCCCCGCCGCCUCACAUCUUAAGCCCACCGGGUGGCGCGGUAAUCCAGUGCAACACACCAAUGGGGCGCCGCCAACACGCCAUGCCACGCCAUCGCCCACCAGCCCCAUGUACCUGAUGAUGAUGGUGAUGAUGAUGAUGAUGAUGUUACUGGUGACGAUGAUGGUUGGCGUGAUGACGGUAGUAGUAGUAGAAAUAGUAGUAGUAGUAGUAGUAGUAGUAGUAGUAGGAGGAGGAGUAGGAGUAGUAGCAGCAGCAACAGUGUAGUAGUAAUAUAAUGUUAGUAACGAUACGAGCAAAAUUAAAGGCGUAUAAUGAACACUCACUGAACACACAAGCCACAUCAGAUAAAAAAAAAAAAAAAAAAACACAACAACAACAACAUGAACAACGGCAUUACAUAUUUUUAGUAACUGUUUCUUUUCAUUACAGAAGACAAAGUCAAUUAAUUAUCAAACAUGAACUACACUAAAACACACAAGAUUGUUAUCACUGAAAAGUUUCGUUUUCUCUCGCAGGAGGAGAAGAAAAUGUUACCAGGCUUUUCAUUACAGACUCGAGUAUUUUGUAGUGGUAGGGAAAGAUCUCGCGACUAGCACAAACUAGUCCUUCCCUGCUCACCUGUAAACAAAGGCAAUUUGUUUCUGUGUAAAAUAUAAUUCCAUGUUUCGAA